AUGCCGCGGGGCGUGCACACGAACGGGCCCGCCACCGAUCGGGCGGCCAUCGCUCUCGGGGCGCAGGGCGUGGACUCCUGCGCGGGCCGUGCCGUGGCUAUCCUGCACAGACUCACGCUCGAGCUAGAGGCCCCGCAGAGGUGCUGGAUGGAGGACUUCCGCACCUACGCCAUCCACAGGUACGGGAAGUUCCCCGUGUUCCAGGCCGAGUUCAACAGCGUGGCCGAGCACUUCAGCUACAGGUCCCUCUCGGACACCAGUCUCGCGGGGAAAGCGUUCUGGAUGAGGGACGGCGUCAUCAAAGCGUCGUACGUGAGCUUCUGGCUGGACGUGGACAAGCGCUCGGCGGACGCCGACUUCUCCCUGGAGCUGAAGAGGAGGUGGGACGAGCACCUUGACCGCUACAACGAGGAGGCAAGCCGGGUCGCAAAGGACGCGUUCCACACGUCCAAUCUGUGGGUCAUGGCCGAGGCGCAGAAGGAGCUCGUGUCGGGCACGCUCAACACCCUGGUCACAAGCGGGGAGGGCGAACUCUCGCCGGAGGGUUUUAGAGACACGGGUGUCAUGCAUUAA